AUGUACAUCUUUUUUUUUCUCCCGCAAGUGUGUUUUCACAUCCCAAUGCAAUGGUGGUUGUUGUUUCCAAUCUCCGGCAUUAUGAAAGUGAUGUGCGAUAUCAGGUGGUGCCGCCCGACGUUAACCUGCGGUUGCUCACCUAAUGGUGUCCGUGAUCUCGUGGUGUUUGGAGGUUUUAUUUCCGACUGGGUCACUCGUGUAUUUUUUGAUAUGCGCUGCGGAUCCGGUACACACAAAGAGGAGUGGGAGACGGGCAUGUGUAAUGAACGUGUGCGCACAGUAGACACACAUUCUUGUGUUGUGUUCAUGAGCUAA